ACAAAAAAAACUUAUUUGAAAAAAAAUAGUAAAACUAACUAUUUCUCAAAAAUGAAAAAAAUAUUUGUCUCUUUAGCAAUAUUAUUAACCAUUUCGUUGGUUUUUGCUGAUUCUUCUAGUUCUGCCUCUGGUAGUGGUAGUGGAAGUGGAGCAAGCUCUUCUGGCUAGAAUAACUAAUAAUUGAAUAGUACUUAAAUCAGUUAGAUUUAGUAAUAACUCCCAACUUGGAUUGCCUCUGCAAGUCAACUCUAAUUAGCCAUUCAGAAAUUUGCUGCUACCAAUAAAAUUAGUGUUAGUACUAUUAUUGCUUACUUAAAGUAAUAAAAGGAUAGUGCUAAUUAAUAAGCCUAAACUGAUCAAAAUGCUGCAAAUAAAGAUGCUUCCGCAGCAAAGAUAGCAGCUGAAAAGGCUUAAAAAGCAUUAGACAAAUCUAAUGCAUCUUAAAAAGCAUCUGAUAAGGCUCAAAAAGAAUUAUAAGAUGCUACUAAUUUGGCUUAAGCUAAAAAUGCUACUCUUUCAGAUGCUAUAGCAAAAGUUAAUUAAGAUUAAACAACUUUAGCUAAUUUAUAAUCAUAAUUUGAUUAAGCUUCAAAAGCAUACGAUGCUGCUGUUGCAAAAUUCUAAGCUUCUAAAUCAGAUGCUGAUAAAGCUGCUAAAAAUUAAGCUCUUGCUGCUAAGCAAGCUGCUAAAGACUCUCUUACCCAAGCUUAAAAAUAGUUAACACUUGAUUAAGCCGCUUUGAAUAAAGCUAAAAGUGAAAAGAGUACCGCUGAUAGAUAAGCAAAUCUUAAAGCAACUGCUGCUAGUAUUGCUUCAGACAAAGCCGCUGCUGAUAAAGCUGCAUCUGAUUAAGCCGCUUCUGAUUCCUAGAAAGCUUCUAAUAAUUCCUAAGCUUCUCAAACUAAAUCAUAAAGCUCUACCUCAAAUAAAUCACUUUAUGAUACUGCUUUCAAGUUUGCUACUUAGAGUAAUAAUAACAAUAAUGGAAACAAUAACAACGGUAAUACUGGCAAGCUUUGA